AUGCCUGCCAAAGUCGCCAUAGUCACGGGAGGAGCCUCGGGAAUUGGUCUGGCCGUCGUCGAGCAUCUUGUCGAUGCAGACUGGAGUGUCACAGUCGUCGACUUGAAUACAACCACUGGAGUACAGAUUGCCGAAAGAUUUGGGGACCGGGUGCUCUUUGUUCGUGGCAACGUUGCCGUCUACAAUGAUCAGGUAAACGCGUUUAUGUUGACCGUGGAGAGAUGGGGUCAAGUCGACUUUGUGUUUGCCAAUGCGGUACAGGACUUUUACCGUGGUGCCCCCCAAGAACCGGACUCGCUGGUUAUCGAUGUUGAUCUCAAGGGCGUCAUCUGGUCGUCGUACCUCGCGUUACAUUUUUUCAGGAAAAAUCCCGAGAAAGGAGGAAAGCUGGCCAUGACGUCGAGCUCAGCAGGGCUGUACUCCGCGCCAGAUGUUUCACUCUACUCGGCGGCCAAGUAUGGCGUUGUGGGACUUGCUCGGUCCCUUGGGCAGAGACUAAAGGAUGACGGCGAGCCCAUCACCGUCAAUGCCAUUUGCCCUGGUGCGGUGCCCACGGCCAUCUUCAGCAAGGAGUUGGCAGAUGCACUCCCAAGCGAGGUUAUUACGCCGACGUCGACGAUCGUUGAGGCCAUUAAAUAUAUCCUGCAAGACGCGACGGUGACUGGACAGGCCAUUGAGUGCAGCGGAAGGGAGUUCUCGGCCAGGCCAGUUCUUCCCUACUUGAAUGAAGCGGCUGAAUUCACGUCUGGUGGCAAGUACAAGGAGCUGAUCGGUCCAGGUGAUGGGUUGAUGGAGUAUAGCAUCAGGAAAGCUGCAGGGACCAAUGGCUCGGUGUCAUAG